AUGAGUAAUGUUUAUUACCCCGGUAAAGAGCUCUCUUUAGACGAGUCGAUGAUACUAUGGCAAGGACGCCUUUUAUUCAGGCAGUUUAUCCAGAAUAAACGUCAUAAGUACGGCAUUAAAUUAUACAUGCUUACUGAGCCUAAUGGUAUUAUAUUAAAAUUUGCAGUAUAUACUGGGGCUACUGAUGAUUUGGGUGGAAAAGGGCAUGCAGCAAAUGUUGUUUUACACCUGAUGGAAGAAAAACUAAACACAGGUCACUCGAUUUUCAUGGACAAUUUUUACAAUAGUUAUGAUUUGGCGCAAAAACUGCUCGAAAAACAUACUUAUUGUACUGGCACGUUGAGGGCGAAUAGAGUAAAUACUCCAAAAGAUGUCGUAAAUGCUAAACUGAAAGUUGGGGAAACACUUUCAAAAUAUUCUAACAAUGUUAUGAUAGGAAAGUGGAAAGACAAAAGGGAGGUGACGUACAUUUCAUCGGAGUUUCAGAACGAUAUGGUGCCAACGACUAACCGUAAAGGUAGAGAAACUCUCAAACCAUUACCAAUUAAACAUUAUAAUAAGUUUAUGAGUGGAAUCGACAGACAGGACCAGAUGAUUAGCUAUUACCCUUUUUCGAGAAAAACAAUCAGGUGGUACAAAAAGCUAGGUAUACAUAUUAUACAAAUGCUACUUUUGAAUUCAUACAAUUUAUAUAAUCAAUAUAAUAUCGGUACAACAUUAAGUUUAUAUGAUUUUCGCAUUAUUGUCCUGAGUAAGCCGGAAGCACCUUCGAAAUCAUUAAGUAUCGAAAAUCAUUUACCAUCUACGCAUGGAAUGGGAAUGUGA